AUGUUGACGUCUACAACCCCGUUUGCGGCGGUGGCCCGGCUCACCCGCUCGUGGGGGGUGUUUCACCUGGUCCGCACCCUUGCGCUGACUCCGCUGAGCGCUCCUUACCUUCUGACAGAGGGCAGAGACACCUUUAAGGACGUGUUUUCCCGCAAGACUUUCCUUAUUGACUACUACAAACACCUCAACGACACCAACAAUAUCGUGUUGUAUUGCCACCACAACAACCUCAAUAAGGUCGACAACGCUCGCGUCAGACUGGAACUCAAUGCCGCGGGGGCAAAGCUUGUCUACUUGCGUAACUCGUUGUACAAGGCCUACCUCCGCAGCGCCGACGAGGCGGACCCGGCGCUGAAACUGGCGAGAGAGGCGACGAUGGACGUCGUCCACCCGCUUGCGCCUCUCUUAAAGGGGCCGACGGCGGUGAUUGCCAUUAAUGAUACUGAUCCGCUGGUGGUUAAGGCAGUGCUCAAAACGCUUAAACUGGUCAACGAAAAGUUAUUUGUUAUCGGCGCCCAAGUGGAAACUUCGGUGUACGACGCUGCCCAAGUCGACCAGUUUAAGGAUCUCCCCACUAAGCAACAAUUACAGGGCCAAUUGGCGGGGCUUUUGACGGUGCUUGGUGGCGCCGGGUUGGUGCGGACGUUGGAGCUGGCAUCGACCCACUUGUACCUCACGUUGGACACCCGUAAGGACGACAUGGCCAAGCAACAAGGCGGCGACGCCGCCAACGACGAGAAAUAG